CAGUCAGCUAACCAACACGAAUGCUAACCCAGUUAGCUAACAAUAAAAAUGGGUAGCUAGCUAGAACCCUAACGCUAGUUGUCAAACUAUAUAAGCUAGUUAUCCAGCUAUAUAGCAAAACGUGCUAAUCCAUGAGAGAUAGCCACAUUUCCUCGUUCCUACUUUAACUAUUGGUUUCUGUUUUGCUAACUAACAUUAGCUAGCCAACCAGACUCUGAAGUCAAUCUAGAAGUCGAGGGAGGCUGAAGUAUUUGAUAGCUGAUAUCUGGCUAGUUAUGUAAACGUACUCGAAAGGCUAGCUAACUAAACUAUCUAUCUCUGAAGCUCAUAGGGCUCAAUGUAAUGAAGCCAAUGUAUUUCAACUUUACCCAGUAUGCAAAUCAAGCCGAAUGGCAAAGAUAGCUGCAUUUGUGUUGAACUAACAAAGUUAGAUGGAUCAGUUAACUGUCAUAGUUGCUAGUUAUCAUGAAAUGUUGGUUUGGAUGGCAUUUUAUUUUUUGUUGUUGUGGUUAUUAACGUUAGGUAGCAUAUGCUACGACAUUAGUUAACAUUAACUUACCAGCUAACGUUAGCUACAAACUUGUUCAGCUAGCUAAUGAUGUCAAGUGUUUACUUAGUAGUUUAGGUAAACCAGUAACCAAUGCCAAAAAUGAACUAUUAUGGAAAUUAGCUAGCUUGCUAACAACUUGCAAGAUGCAAUCCGCUAGUCUUUGACCUCAAUUUGUCAGAACAAAGUGUUACAGGGAUGCCCAAGGAAAAAUAUGAUCCGCCCGACCCGAGGCGGAUGUACACGAUAAUGUCCACUGAGGAGGCAGCCAAUGGGAAGAAGUCAUACUGGGCUGAGCUCGAAAUCAGUGGUAAAGUGAGGAGUCUGAGCACCUCGUUAUGGACGUUGACUCACCUCACUGCUCUUCAUAUCGGCGAUAACUCCCUCUGUCGUAUCCCGCCUGAUAUCGGCAAACUUCAAAACCUGGUGUACCUGGACCUCUCAUCCAACCAGAUCAGGAGCCUGCCUGUCGAGCUUGGCGACAUUGUGUCUCUCAGGGAACUUAUUUUAAACAACAACCAGUUGAGGGUUCUACCUUUUGAGCUUGGAAAACUGUUUCAGUUACAAACACUGGGAUUAAAAGGAAACCCACUUGCACAAGAAAUAUUGAACCUUUACCAGGAGCAUGAUGGCACAAGGAAACUGCUCAACUACCUUCUGGGCAAUCUGUCAGGGAUUAAACGAGUCAGCUCAGAGCAGCCCCCACCCAGAUUAUGGAUUGUUCAGGCCGAGCCGGACCGGGCAAGAACAGCAGCCCUGUUCUCAGUGAUGUGCUACAACGUGCUGUGUGAUAAGUACGCCACUCGCCAGCUGUACAGCUACUGCCCCUCUUGGGCCCUCAACUGGGAGUUCAGGAAGAAGUCCAUCAUGCAGGAGAUCCUGAACUGCAGUGCUGACAUCAUCAGCCUACAGGAAGUGGAAACAGUUCAGUACUACAGCUAUUUCCUGCCAGAGCUGAAGGAGCAAGGUUACGAGGGCUUCUUUAGCCCUAAGUCCCGUGCCAGGACCAUGUCAGAGUGCGACCGCAAGCAUGUGGACGGCUGCGCAAUAUUUUACAGAACCGAAAAAUUCAGUCUGGUACAGAAACACACGGUGGAAUUCAACCAGCUGGCCAUGGCCAACUCUGAGGGCUCUGAGGCCAUGCUCAACAGAGUCAUGACUAAGGACAACAUUGGUGUGGCUGCACUUCUAGAGGUGCGCAAGGAGAUGAUGGAGCAGUCUGCGGGGAAGUCUCUGCACGGCAUGGAGAAACAGCUCCUCCUGGUGGCCAAUGCCCACAUGCACUGGGACCCGGCGUACUCAGACGUCAAGGUGGUCCAGACCGUCAUGUUCAUGUCUGAGGUGAAGAACAUCGUAGACAAGGCCACACGCAGCCUCAAGCUCUCCUCCAUCUCCGGGGAGACCAACGCCGUCCCACUCGUCCUGUGUGCUGACCUCAACUCACUGCCUGACUCUGGUGUGGUGGAGUUCCUGAGCUCGGGUGGAGUGGACAGCACCCACAAAGACUUUCAGGAGCUGCGCUACAUCGACAGCUUGACGAACUUCAACUGCAACGGAAAGAAGGACACGUCCAACGGCAGGAUCACCCACGACUUCAAGCUGAAGAGUGUCUAUGAAAACGGCCUGAUGCCUUACACCAACUAUACUUUCGACUUCAAGGGCAUCAUUGACUACAUCUUCUACUCUCAGCCUACGCUCAAUGUGUUGGGGGUUCUGGGUCCUCUGGAUCCUCACUGGCUCCAUGAGAACAAUAUCAGCGGCUGUCCCCACCCCCACAUCCCCUCCGAUCACUUCUCCCUGUUUGCACAACUGGAGCUGCUCUUUCCCAGCCCGUCGUCAGUCAACGGAAUCCACCUGCCAGGGCGCAGGUAGUUGUCAGAGCCACGAGGGAGCUGAUGCUCUAAUCUUGUUCUAUUUUUCCUGCAAGGUGGAUUAAGAAUAUUCUGGAUAAAUCUAUGUAGAAUCAGAGAGGGGGGGGGUGUGCGGCCAUCAUUCCCCCCAAGGAUUUUAACGGAAGCACAAGCUCACGGCAAGUUUUACCUCCUUUCCUGGACACAAUUUGAUGUUGUAUUUUUUUCCGCGCCAUAUCACACUUUGCAGUCCUUGGUGUUAUACAGUUUUUACAUCACCUAUAGAUAAGUUGUUGAAUUAUUGUGUGGCAAAUAGUCAAAUCUACAAGUGAGAUAUUUUGAUAGGGAAGGAGUCGUGUCACCACACUCCAGCCCGAGCGAACAGGUACAUCUCAAGUUGCCACCGAUCAACGAGAUAAACCCACGAGGCCGAUAUACCUGUUUUUAACCAGAGUCUGUCUCCGCCUCUACGACUCCAAAUCCAUUCCCAUGCAUUGCUGUAUCUUGCCAUAAAGGUGUGUUGAACAGUGUAGCAGGUUUGGAGGUGCUGGAGAGAGCAGGCCAAACGUUGUUUUUCCACUCGCUGAUGCGGAGACCACCUCUCCGGGUGCUAAAAGCCUGUCCUCUAACUCAGUGGCUCCAUUUUAUACUGAGUGGGCAAUAGCUCUGUGCAGCUAAGGCACAACAGCAUUUCAAACCCCUGAAAUACUGCUGUAAAAUGUAUAUUACAAGUGGAAUGGUGUCGUAACAGUGAUGAUACAUGUACACAUUCCGGCUUGUAGCGUAUCGAGACACACAGGAUUAACACCUCACUCCUGCUCUGUUUUUAUAGCCUAAUAUGAACAGAGCAAAAUUAAGGGACCACCUUUUUUAAUAUUUCAAAUCAUUUUGAACUUUUAAUCACACAUUAUGUGCCAUACAGAGCCAUCAUUUGAAUCUAGCGUCAGAUAUUCAAAUAUUACGACAACAACCUGUCAUUCACUCAGUGACCAUUAGUGGUUCUUAGUGACGGGGCUUAGGGAUUUAGAAAAGGGAAAAUGGUCAGUCUGACUUGACAGCUUCCCAACAUGUUGUCCUAGGACAGAGAGCCCAUCUCUGACCGCAUAGCUGUGUAGCCAUUUGGAAUUGGUCAGGGGCCAAGUUGUGUUAAGUUGCAUUAUGGUUUAAAGCUGGGUGGACAGCCCCCUAAAACAUGCUCUAACAGACAGAGCUGUAGCAAAUGUCAAUUGUAAAGACAUCCACGCUCUAAACAGGGUUAUUCCUUUCCAUUACUAAUAGCUAUUUGUUUGAUACAGAAACUUGGACUCAACUUGAUUGUAUAUGAACUGCAGAAGUCAUAAUACGCUGCGUUAUUUUGUACCUGUAUGGCCAGUUUUUGCAAAAAUGAUUGUAUUGUACAUUUUAAGGCAAAAUUUGUCUCCAUUUUAAAGUUAAAGAAAUGUAAAAGUCCAGCUUGUACAAGCGUUUUUUUCUUUCAAGUUUCCGCUGUUGAAAUUUGCACUCAGCCAGGUUCCAUUUCCCCGAUGAACCACUUGUUUUUCUUUUUUCAAAUGUAUAUUGAAUGCAUUUCACAGAGGCAGGUUUAUUGCAUUGUUGCCACAUCUCUUUUGGCAUUUGGGGUAAAACCUGAAACCUUCAGCCUCACUGAUUCUGUUCUCAAAAUGGCACUGCCAGUGCUAUCAGUGAACACCUGAACUGUCUUCUAUUUCUCUCUGAAGUGUUUUAACAUUGUUAGUCGUUGGUUUAUUAGAUAUCAGACAUUAGUAGUUUUUUUUUUCCCUUGUCUUAGUUAUUGUUAUUUAGAGUUAUCGGGAUGUUUUUUUUUUUUAGCAGAUGACACUAUAAACCACUUGUCUCUAACAUAUUUAGGUCUGUUUUUAUCAUGUCCUCUUUAUUGUUUUUGGAGGAAACCGAUCAUGAAGAAGUCUUGUGUAAAAUGGUUCUAUCUGACUCCUCAACUCAGGCCAUUCUCUUUUUAAGUUUUGUUUCAUGUCAUGUUUUUUGUAUGUCUACUACUAGACCUACAGCGUUGAUGCAUUCUACUUCAAGUCCAUGUGUGAA